CAUUCCAAAGGAGGCGAACCAUUCGCAUUCCAUUUCUCAUACCCAAAGAGAAAAGAUACCAACAGGCAGGAGUAUAUCAUCAGUUCGUACACCCCUCCACCGUUUUUAUACACACGCGCAGUAAGUAGGUCACACUCACGCGCAAAUUCACUACCUUUUUUUCACUCACUCUCUCACACAAUUCACCCACUCGAAAGCCAUGGCUGAGUUGCAGCAACCAGAAGAUCAAAACAAUGGCGUUGGAAACACAAACCCUGUCAAAACCCUAGUUCCUGGUGGCGCUGGUGGUGGAAGUAAUCAAUCUGAGAACCCAUUAGGGUUGGGUACUAAAAGACAGCGUCGUCCAAGUGUAAGAUUAGGAGAUAUUGGAGAUCAACAAGACAAUAACAGAAAUAGAAGAAGCAACAAACAACAAUGGAAUGUUUCUUCUACUAAAUUCAGACAGCAACAAUCAUCUCAAAAGGAGCUUCUUUUACCCGGUAAAUCUUCAAAGACUCGACCUUUGUUGAAUUUAGGUAAUGGUAGUGGUAGUGGUGGUAGUGGUGAUUUUGAUAAUGAAACAAUUGAGUCUGAACAAAACCCUAAUUUGGAUACGCCCAUGACUGCAAAUAGAAGGGGAAAGUCUAAAAGAGGUGGCUUUUUGGGUGGGGAUGGUGGAAGGAAUAAAAGGGUUAGGACUAAUUGGGUUAUGAAAGGUGGAGGAGGAGGAGGAGAUGAAGAUAAUGAGAAAUUUAGUGGUGGUGAUGAUGAUAAUGAAUGGUAUAGAGAUUUUGAUUCUCAAAGCCCUUUGAAAGAAGAAGAAGAAAGUCCUAAUCAUUUAUUAGAAAAUACUACUUCGAGGAGAACGAAUUCAGGUGUUGAAACGAGACCUGGUACAGAUGGGGGUUUAUUGGUGGUAAAGAGACCAGUUAGAAGUACUAGAGAUAAUAGCAACAAUCAUGGUGGUAAUUUUGAAUUAGAUGUAAGUUCUGAUGAUAAUUGGAAAUGUGGAACAAGUUCAGACAGAAAUGGUGGUGGUAGAGAGAGGGGGGAAAGAAUGAGAUGUAUGUCACUUGAAGAUGGAGUUCAGUCAGUACUUAAUGGAUUGGGAUUAAGUCGAUAUGCGCCUAUUUUUGAGAUGCAUGAAGUGGAUGAAGAAGUUUUGCCGCUUUUGACAUUGGAAGAUCUUAAAGAUAUGGGUAUUAAUGCUGUUGGAUCGAGGAGGAAAUUGUUUUGUGCUAUUCAAAAGUUAGCAAAGGGCUUUUCUUGAAAAUAUUAGGGUAUUUUUUUCUUUUUUGGAUGCAGAAAACCCUGGCCGUGCGAGGAAUUAAAGAGCAAGCUGAGACGGUUUGAUCACAUUUUGCGUCUAUUACUUUUUAUUUUACUUUUAUCAGAUAGAUCUCUUGCUUUUUUUUCUUAUUAUUUUCCCAUCUGUAUACCUAUAUAGAUAUUUAUUGACGCCAUUUAACGGAUAUGUUACAAAACAACGCAAUCAAUUCUUUU